AUGGCCUGCUGCACCCUCCCCUCCAUCCACCCCCACACCCAGGAGGAUGAUAUUCUGCCCGAGGAGAAGAGGAAGGCUACGGAGGAUAGGUUGAAGGAAGGUGGGGUGAUGUGGAUGUGUACCACGUAUGCGGGCACUCUCCAUGGCUUCAGCGUGCGCGGUGAUCUCAGCGAUCCAGUUGUCAAAUUUGCGAGGGAUAGCGCGUUAGACGGGGCAGUGAAGUGGUUCAAUGAGUAUCUUCCCUCUUCUUAA